UCUUUACUAACAUCUCUGAUGAGCUUUCUGAUCAUCUGGUGUACUGUUCAUGACUGUGAAGCUUCUGCCUUAAACAAGACCAAAGCUGUGAUCCCUUCUUGGUCUUCAACAACUUCGCCGUCUCUUCACCCAGCCGUGUUUCCGUCUUCGUCUUCGUCUUCAGCAACUUCGCCAUCUCUUCCCCGAGAUUUCGUCCCAUUAAACACAACUAUUUAUCCAACUUCGUCCUCUUCAAAUGCAAGUACCAUCAGUCCUGCCCUACAAUGCCCGCAAGGAUGUGUAUGUUCAAGCUGCGAAAUGUUCAACGUGAAAGGCUUCUCCAUGGCUUGUCAACUUAAAGGGACAAGUUCAAUUCUCAACACAAGUCAAAAAAGUCUUGAAGUUUGUGCUCUGACAUUGUCACGAAAUAGGAUCCCCGUGUUAACAAAUGGAACAUUCAAACACCUGUCUUCACUGAAAACACUGUAUUUGGAUCAUAAUGCGAUCAGCGCCAUUGAGCUUGGUGCGUUCACCGGACUCUCGAAUCUGCUAACGCUGAAUUUAGAYUAUAACCGGCUAUCGAAAUUACGACAAAGAAGUUUCGCUGGUCUCUCAUCCCUGAAAUCAUUGAGCAUACGWUUCAACAAACUAAAAUCAUGGGGAGGCUUUCUAUGGAAGGACGUCCCAAGCAUCAAAUAUCUCAAUCUUGAAGGUAAUACMAAGUUUAUCGUCAAAAAAAAGUUACUCCGCAAAACAACGAUACAAAAGCUCGACCACAUCUCAAUAAGCAAGAAGUGUAGAAACUGCGUUCUGGGUCRAGUUAACGCCACCAAGGAUCACCUGAAACCAGUCAGGAGGUGCCAGUAUCUUCCUUCAGAUUCCUACCACAUAAUGGAAGAAAUGCUUCAAAGGUACAUACGUUUCGAAGGUAAUUGUUCUGGAAACACCAACUGUGACUAUGUACUCACCAGUUUGACAAAGUAUAAGAGGCAGUGGCGUGACAAGUGUUGGGAGGUCACGCUCAAGACCAGAUACUUUGAAUACUUCCUGGGAAUAGUUGCUAUGGCAGCCAACUUCAUAGUUGUAUUGGUGUCARUGUUUUCGAAGUCUUUAAGACAAAGCGCGGCGUUUUGUCUUGUGGGUCACAUGGCUUUUUGUGAUACYUUCAUGGGUGUGUACUCAGUAGGGAUCGCACAUGGUCAUCGGUUGGCACACAACGUGWUGUUGUUUCGUCGAUGGCGCUGGCUCGUCUGCCCUUACUGGAGAACCAUAUUCAUGGGUGGUCAAAUUAUGAGCGUACUAACGUGCCUUUUGGUGACUUUGGAAAGAUACCUGUCAAUCRUCUUCUGUAUGAAGCCGUUUAUUCGUUUAAAGAGACUACCRGCGKCUUGCUUAGUGCUGGKUUUCUGGAUAAUGGCUGCCAUCGUCUGCUACUUGAUUCAAGUUAUCGAUAGAGUUARCAUUACAGAUAACUAUAUGUGCUUGCUCAUCCGGGACUUCGAUGCUUCUGGCUCGUUUAAUGUCAGCCAAAUUGUAAUACUGAUGUCUGUAACGAUUUACAUAACGAUUGCAUUGCUGUAUAUACACAUAUAUACCUUCGUGAAAAAAUCCAGAAGAAACACUGGUGUGAARCGUGAAAGCCAGCUUGCAUCAAGAAUUGGACUAGUUAUUCURUCAAAUACAGUUUUCUUUGUGGUUCCCAAUGUGACUAUUAUCAUCGUCACUUCUGGUAGUCUGUAUUUCGAUAUCAGUGAUGAGGCUAACAGUACGUUUCGYCGUUGGUUCCCUCCAAUGUGUCUCGUCUUCAAUGCUUGUAUUAAUCCCUUCCUCUUUGCGUUCCGAAAUGACAAAUUCCAAGCGGCAUUGAAAGCUUUAUUCAAGGGUUACUUCAGACGAGUUCGCCAUAGCUUGAGAGGCCGAGCAGGUCUAAUCAUAAUGCCUGCAAAUAUUGAUCAGCCUGGUCGUUCUAGAACAGACACUGCCCAUACAUCAACGCUGACAUUGGCUGAAGUAGGUUUUGAGAUGGCGAGCAGUCGUACUGGAUCCAUUUGUACCAAGGAAGGCGAACAUAMUGCUGCUUUUAAAAACCCUAUUUAUGAUAGUGGAACUGUUAAUAUUAGCUUAAAGGAACGUUAAGAGAACGCUUCAACGCAGAAGAACGCAGAAGAGCCUCAGAUCUAUGUUAUAUCUCUUGUUUGCCUCAUUUUCCACAGUGUGCGACCCCCUAGUCCAACCUUAAAAAACAUCCACAUUACUCAGCGAAAGCUUUGAUUUCUCUUAGCUAUAAUAUAGAGAUUCCCUAAAAGAAAGACAAGUGAAAUUUGUCUUUUUAACAAAGCUUCCUGAGACGAUAUAAGCAAUUCAUUCCCUGCUCGCAAAAUGCUGGUAUACCCACUCAGCUUGAGACAAUAUACUUUGUAUAUAGUGAAUGUAAAUAGAGUGAAAUCAUUAAAACGACUCUUUAACAUGACUUGAUUACUAUAUUUUAAUUUUAUAAUCCAUUUUUGAUUUAUUCCAACAACAAUAGAAAUACGUAGUAAUAGGAUAGAAUAGUAGUAUGAAGAUUUGUUGGUUGUGGGCCAUGUGAUAAAGAUGAAUAAAAGUAUCAAAAAMUAAAAUAAAAGAUAAAAAGAAUAAAAUAUUAUUGGGAACUACUCAACUUUUUCAUGGGGUGAUUUGGAUCAUAAACAAUUUUUUUCUAGGUAUUUUCGAAUGAAACAAACUGCUUCCUCCCUCCACAAGACUAACUCUAAUAUUCCAUGCAUCUCUUUUUGUUCAGCGACGGUGUUUUUAAAAGGAGAGUCCAUCCAUUG